UCCAUCGUUCAUCAACUUUUUGUUGUCUGUGAAUUUUUUAAAGAGAUCACAAUACUAAAAUUAUCAGAGUCAUGUAUUAUGGAACUCAACAAAUGGGUGAACACCCGCACUGGGGCUUUUGAUUGGAAACAUGUGUGUAAGACCAUUACCGGUCUGCAAGACAACAGUGCUGAAAAUCAGAAAAAGGAAGAAAAGUUAAAGGAAACAAUUAAACGCAUUUUGAAAUUCGACUUCUGCAAUAAAAAUCUCACAGAUCCGGAGGUGUUACCACCAGCCGACUGUCUGCUCACCGCAUGGGUGCUGGAUGUGGUUAGUCAGGACCAACAAGAGUACAUUAGAAACCUGAGGAAGGUGUUGAAACUGCUUAAACCUGGGGGUCAGUUAAUUGUAAUUGGUGUCCUGAAUGGCACAUAUUUUACCGUUGCUAAUCAAAGGUUACAUAUAUUUCCAUAUGAUGAAAGUUUUAUAAGAAAGACCCUCACUGAUGAAGGUUGUGAAAUUGUUUCUUGUGAGUUACUCGAUAGGACAGUAGACAGUGAUCUCACAGAUUAUAAACAAUUUAUGGUCCUUAUUGCUGUCAAGGGGAAUUGCUAGAAUCAGUGGCCACUGGCUGGAUUAUUCAAUCAAAACGCUUCUUAAUGCCCUCAGGCAUUUACUAAAUCUUGCAAACUGAUCUUGUACUGAAAAAGAGCUAAAAUUAUAUAUAAAUGA